GGAGUAGUUUGCAGGAAUGGUAGAUCCUUGGACUCAAUAGCUGUUGUAAGCUGAUCUAAUUUGACGUUUUUGAUCAUGUCCUUGGAUACUUGUAAGUUGUCUUCAGCGUGUACGUUACUCAAGCACAUUUUUGUUGUUGGUUAUAAAGAAGAGACAGAAUGUGUUACAGACUUAAAAUUUCGGAAUGAGACAUCACAACUGAAGCACAGGUCAUCUAAUCUGACUCAUUCUUGUUAAGAAGUAGAGCUGCCGGUUAAAUCCUCGGAGACAAAGUCCGAGUUCUGAGAUGAAGACGCGUCAAAUGCGCGACUGAUUUCUUGAUCUUUUAACAACCAAAUAAAAGUAUGGUUUAUGGACGAAAAUCAACCAAUUACGAUGGAAAUGCCUUCAAAGCAAAUCGCAAAUCCAUUGGAGAGGGGGUUUAAUACGGUCAGCCACAAAAAAGCCUUCAUUUGGUGAGCAUGCAAAUUGUAGCGGCAAACCUACGGAAGAGGAGGAGACAGUUGUAGAUGCGAACGAUCUUGACCUCUCUAGUUACGCAGCAGAGGAAUUGCGUGGCAAAUACUUCUUCGGUGACGUGAACUACAAAGAGGAAGACGAACCUCUUUUGAAGGAAAACCCAAGAAGGUUUGUAUUAUUCCCAAUACAAUACGCAGCAAUCUGGCAAUCAUACAAGAGAGCAAAUGCUUCUUUCUGGACUGCAGAAGAAAUGGACCUAUCGAAAGAUAUCAAGAACCGGCAUAGCCAGAUAAACAAUAAUGAAAAGCAUUUCAUUAGUCAUGUAUUAGCAUUUUUUGCCUCAUCUGACAGUAUCUUUAAUGAGAACUUACUCGAAAGGUUCUCCUCAGAUGUACAAUUUGCGGAAGCCAGAUGCUUCUACGUUUCCAAAUCAUGAUGGAGAAUAUACAAUCUGUGACUUAUUCAAUACUAAUCGAAUUGGCUUCAGGUAUUGGAAUGAAUCACCCUGGGUUCAAUAUGAAGAUAUCAGCGCUCCUGCAGGUCGCUUUUUAGGGGGUUUGUCCGCCUUUGUCAAUGGGAUUUACACAUACUCUGGUGCAGAAAGCGUUGUCUUAGUUUCACGUGAGACUAGAAUUCCAAUCAAGGAAAUUCCUUCAGUGAUAAAGAGGUUUUAUGGAGGAUGAUCGUCUUCUAUAUUUUCGUUUGUUCUCUUGAUAACGCUCACAGUUUCAUGUACAGACCCCCGACUUAGCUCAGAUGCAGGUGAGGCAUCAGCCGGUAAAUUCGUAAUUGCUAUGGAUAAUGCUGGGAUUAAAGUAUUGCCUCAUAUACUCAACGGGGUUAUUCUCGUCUCAGCGUGGUCAGCAGGUAAUAGCUAUCUAUAUUCAG